AUGGCGGCGUCGAGUGGUGGAGUCGAGUUGAUGCGCCAGCUCUUGCAGUUGAUGCUGCUGGACAGAAUAGAAGAAAGCCGAGGUCCAAAUACUUGCCAAGAAUUCAUGGAUCCCCCUUACCACCAAUUGGUAGAUGCAAGGAUCAGGGUCAUCAAUGAUGAAUACUACCAUUCUCCUGAAAAAGAGAGUGAGCUGGUGCUAAAAGAAGUGCUCCAGCGGUUGAGGAUUUCAAUAGCCAUCCUUUCCAAAAAUUAUUCUUCCAGUAAAUGCUGCCUAAAUGAGCUGGUACAAAGGUGGGAGUGCAAAAAAACAAAUGGACAGACUAUUAUCCCGAUUUUUUAUGAUGUUAGUCCCUUUGAUGUAAGAUACCAGGCCGGGGAUUUUGGAAGGUACUUCAAUCUACAUGAGAUGGUGAGAGUCGACUCAAAUACCAUCCAAACAUGGAAGGAGGUUCUUUGGAAGAUCGCAGGAUGA